AUGGCUGAGCCCCGGGCAGCCAAGGGCCGGCGUUUGGGCUCCAGUCGGCGCAGGCAGCUCCGGGAGGGCUCUGGGGAGACACCAGCACUGGCACCAGCUCCUGGGCCUGCUGAGGAGCUGGAAUGGGCAGCAGAAAUAAUGCAGAGGGUGCAGGAAUUCUGCAAGGAGCAGGACAAGGACCAGGCGGGGUUUGUCACCCGCUCAGACAUGCAGAAGUUGCAGAAGGACGUCCCGUGCAGCACGGAGGAGCUGGAGCUCCUCUUUGACGGGCUGGACACCAGCAGGACUGGGCAGCUGAGCACUGAGGAGUUCACUGCUGGGCUCCGGCAGUUCCUGAGCUCCCAGAAAGCUGCCAGGGCCCAGCACCGGCGGAAAACGGCCUCGAGGAGGGUCCGCCUGGUCCUGCCCGGCCCCGUGCUGGAAGGGGUGGACAGUGAGGAGCAGAGACACUUCAGAGCCUUCAUGGACCAGCUGGGCACAGACAACCACCCCCCUCCCUGCAGGCAGGAGAUCUGGCAGCUCUGGGUGAAGCUCCGGCAGGAUGAACCCCAGCUCCUGGGCAACCUGGAGGACUUCCUGGCCAAGAUGAGGCACCGCAUCCAAGAAGCCAGGAGCAAGAAGGAGGCUUUGGAGGUGACCCUGAACAAGGACAGAGCAGUGGCAGAGCUGCCCGGCGAGGUGCCAAUGUCCCCACAGGCUGAUAAACCAGAGUUAGUGGGAUUGGAGGUAGAGGAUGAGCAGAAAAACAUGGAGCUGGGUGAGGAUCUCAGCCCAGAAACUCUGCAGGGAGAGGAGAACCAUGAAGCUGUUGAGCUCCUGGGGGAGGCUGAGGAUGGGGCACAAGGACAGGGGGAGCAGGAGGUGCCACAGGAGACCCUGCUGGUUCUGCAGGGAGAGGGGGCUGGAGCUGGUGUGGAGCUUGAGGAGGGGCCUGUGAUCCUGGACAUGCUGGGGGAGCAGGGCCCUGGUGGGAACGUGCAGCUGAGGGCAGAGGUGGAGGAGCUCAAUGGAGGGAGAACAGAGGCAGAUUUUCAGCCCCCCAGUGAGGCUGGUUCCCUGGGGAUGGAGCAGGGAGGGAGUGAGGCUCCAGAUGUGCAACCACUGGAGGAGGAAGAGGAGGAGGAUAAACCAGGGUUGGAGCAGGGAGCAGGUGCUGCUGGGCUGGUGUACAGGGAGGGUCCAUCCCCAGCAGAAACCCCUGAGUUAGUGGAUUUGGAGCUAGAGGAUGAGCAGAAAGACAUGGAGCUGCUUGGGGGUGUCAGCCCAGAAACCCCUCAGGGAGAGGAGAACCAUGAAGCUGUUGAGCUCCUGGAGGAGGCUGAGGAUGGGGCACAAGGACAGGGGGAGCAGGAGCUGCCACAGGAGCUGGUGCCUGAUCUGCAAGGAGCAGGAGCUGAGCAAGGAGGGGAGGGUGGAGCUGGUGUGGAGCUUGAGGAGCAGAAUGUGAUCCUGGACGUGCUGGGAGACCAGGGCAGUGGUGGAAAUGUGCAGCUGAGGGCAGAGGUGGAGGAGCUCAAAGGAGAGGACAUGGAGGCAGAUCUGCAGCCCCUCAGUGAGGUCAGCUCCCUGGAUGCAGAGCAGGGGGGGAGUGUGGCUCCAGAUGUGCAACCCCUGGAUCACGUUCAUAACCAGGAGUUAGUGGAUUUGGAGCUAGAGGAUGAGCAGAAAGACAUGGAGCUGCUUGGGGGUGUCAGCCCAGAAACCCCCCAGGGAGAGGAGAACCAUGAAGCUGUUGAGCUCCUGGAGGAGGCUGAGGAUGGGGCACAAGGACAGGGGGAGCAGGAGGUGCCACAGGAGACCCUGCUGGUUCUGCAGGGAGAGGGGGCUGGAGCUGGUGUGGAGCUUGAGGAGGGGCCUGUGAUCCUGGACAUGCUGGGGGAGCAGGGCCCUGGUGGGAAUGUGCAGCUGAGGGCAGAGGUGGAGGAGCUCAAUGGAGGGAGAACAGAGGCAGAUUUUCAGCCCCCCAGUGAGGCUGGUUCCCUGGGGAUGGAGCAGGGAGGGAGUGAGGCUCCAGAUGUGCAACCACUGGAGGAGGAAGAGGAGGAGGAUAAACCAGGGUUGGAGCAGGGAGCAGGUGCUGCUGGGCUGGUGUACAGGGAGGGUCCAUCCCCAGCAGAAACCCCUGUGGGGAGCCCAGAGCUGUGUGGGAUGUUCCCAGUUGAGGCUCAGGGACUGGAACUGGUGCAGGCAGAGGACUCCUGGGCAGGGAUGGAGCUCCUGGGGAGUGUCAGCCCAGAAACCCCUCAGCAAGGGGAGGAUGGAGCAGCCACUCAGCUCCUGCGGGAGGCUGAGGAUGGGGCACAAGGACAGGGGGAGCAGGAGCUGCCACAGGAGACCCUGCUCGAUCUGCAGGGAGCAGGAGCUGGAGCUGGUGUGGAGCUUGAGGAGGGGCCUGUGAUCCUGGACAUGCUGGGGGAGCAGGGCCCUGGUGGGAACGUGCAGCUGAGGGCAGAGGUGGAGGAGCUCAAAGGAGAGGACAUGGAGCAUCUGCAGCCCCCCAGUGAGGUCAGCUUCCUGGAUGCAGAGCAGGGGGGGAGUGUGGCUCCAGAUGUGCAACCCCUGGAUCACGUUCAUGACCAGGAGUUAGUGGAUUUGGAGCUAGAGGAUGAGCAGAAAGACAUGGAGCUGCUUGGGGGUGUCAGCCCAGAAACCCCUCAGGGAGAGGAGAACCAUGAAGCUGUUGAGCUCCUGGAGGAGGCUGAGGAUGGGGCACAAGGACAGGGGGAGCAGGAGGUGCCACAGGAGACCCUGCUGGUUCUGCAGGGAGAGGGGGCUGGAGCUGGUGUGGAGCUUGAGGAGGAGACCGUGAUCCUGGCUGUGCUGGGGGAGCAGGAACCUGGUGGGAAUGUGCAGCUGAGGGCAGAGGUGGAGGAGCUCAAUGGAGAGGACAUGGAGGCAGAUCUGCAGCCCCCCAGUGAGGUCAGCUCCCUGGAUGCAGAGCAGGGAGGGAGUGUGGCUCCAGAUGUGCAACCUCUGGAUUGGGUGGAUAAACCCGAGCUGGUGGAAUUGGAGACAGAGGGUGCUCAGGCAGAUGUGGGUCUCAGUGGGGGUCUCAGUGGGGGUCUCAGCCCAGAAGCCCCCCAGGGAGGAGAGGUGGGAGCAGGUUUGCAGCCAUGGAAGGAGGCCGUGGUCCUGGACACGCUGGAGGACCUGAGCUCUGGUGGAAGUGUGCAGAUGAUGACAGAGGUGGAGGAGCUGAAAUUGGCCCCAGGAGGGAACCCAGAGGCAGAUCUGGCAGCCCUGGGUGCAGCUGGGCUGUGGGAAGGGGAGCAGAGGCAGAGUUUGGAGGCAGGUCUGUGUGCAGCUCCCACCACAGACACGUGGGAUGAGGCAGCUGGGGCUCAUGUGUCCCCUCUUGCUCAGGUCUCUUGGCACCCUGAGCUUGCCAUGGCCACUAAGGGUCCUGGUCUGGGAGCACUGCUGGGAGCUCUCACUGGUCCAGAUGGGCAGAUCCUGGAGAAUACCCAGACCCUGGAAAUAAUACAGGGAGAGAGGAUGGAUGCAGAGAAAGGACCUUUGGAUGGGGCUCAAGGUCUGGAAGUGGUGCAGGGAGAAAGGCUGGAGGCAGGGGUGAGGAAUUUAGUUGAAACUCAGAGUCUAGGGAAAAAGCAGGACCACGAUGAUGGUGCAUCUGUGAUGGCCCCUCCAGCCUCCAGGGUAACAUUACAAAUCAACACGUUAGAGCUGGAAACGAUGAUGCAGGAGGAUGUUCUCAUUCCAGAUGUGUGCCUAGGCUCUUCUGCACAGGCAGCCCAAAGUGAUCUCCAGGGGCAGGUCUCAGCACAGGCAGAUGAGGGGAGGCUUCGUGCUGCUUCCCAGCAGCUGGAGGAGAAGCCACCACGUGUGAUGGAAACAGAGCAGGUAGCUGUUGGAUCUGCUGAGCCUCCAAAACAAGAGAUGCCACUUGUUUCAGCCCUUCAUGUGAGUGUCCAGCAGGAGAAAGAUGCUGGGAAUAAUCAGCUGGGGACAGUCCUUGGAGGCAGCUCCCUGGGGGAUGCAGCCAACAGCAACGUGCAGCCCCAAGGGCAGCUCCUGGGUGAAGCCCCCAGUGUUGGCCAACGGGAGAAGAAGCAAGAGGCUGGGCAGAAAACGAGCCAGGAAGGCAAACCCAGCCCAGAAGAGCCAGGGACUGUGGUUGGGGCAGGAGCUGCCCCAAGAGGUUCUCCUGAAGCCUGCCUGGACCCAGACCACCUCUACAACGUGCUGUUUGUUGGGGACUCGGACGUGGGGAAAACGUCCUUCCUGCACCGGCUGUGCCUCAACACCUUCAGCCCUCACCUCGCUGCCACCGUGGGGAUGGAUUAUCAGGUCAAGACCCUCGUGGUGGACAACAAGUGCUUUGCUCUGCGCCUGUGGGACUCAGCUGGGCAAGAAAGGUACCGCAGCGUCACCAAGCAGUUCUUCCGGAAGGCGGACGGGGUGGUGCUGAUGUACGACAUCACCUCGGAGUAUUCCUUCUCAGAUGUGAGGUACUGGCUGAGCUGCAUCCAGGAGGCAGCAGGAGAUGGAGUUGCUGUCCUGCUGCUGGGGAACAAAACCGACCGCGCUGCCGAGAGGCGGGUCCCGACCUCGGAGGGGGAACUCUUGGCCAAGGAGCAUCAGCUCAUGUUCUUGGAGUGCAGCGCUGCCUCGGGCCACAACAUCUCUGAGGCCAUGGUCAGCUUAGUCAGGUUGCUCAAAGUUCGUGAGGAUGAAUUGAAAAAUAAGGCAGAAGAGGUACCAAAGCCACCCCAGAAGAAAAAGGGCUGCUGCUGGUGA